GCGGUUUGCUACGUCAUACAUCCGCGCAGAGCUGAGGUGGCGUUUGAGAGGAGGUUGUUUCCCCGGCUGCUCUCAUCAUGACUAAGCUCCUGGAGUGGCUGUUCGGAGGCUCGGUGGUGGGCGCCGUCUGGGCUCUGGUCACUUUCGACCUGUUGGACCUGAGCCUGCCGCAGACGUACAGAGAGGUUGCCUGGCCGAUGCCUCUCUAUCUGCUGGUCUCGUUUGGCUGCUACUCCCUGGCCACGGUGGGAUACCGGGUGGCCACCUUCAAUGACUGCGAUGAGGCGGCGAAAGAGCUGCAGGAGCAGAUAAAAGAAGCCAAAGAGGACUUGAGGAAAAAGGGGUUAAAGAUGUAGUACCUGAGAAGGACUAUGUACGACCUUUUUGGGAGACCGAGAAGGGGAUGCACGGACCACUUUCACACCCAGCCAAGUGUCUGCUCUUGUAAUGUUUGAGUUGUAUCUCUUGUUUAGAAUGUGGAAAUGUUGUUGGAUGAGACUGAACUGUUUCCAGCAGACAUGAUCUGAACAUCAGUCAUAAUAACCCUCAAAUCCAGCUGUGUUUUUGUACAGUGUCAUGUGUGAGUCAGAUUAGAUAUUAAUCGGAAAUGCUUCAGGGAAUUGGUAAUGAAUGGCCUAAUGUAUGAUUUUCUGGGUUACUCAUGAAUGACAACAGAGCAGUUUGCAUUCUCACCAUGUAAAGACCUCUUUUAUAAAGUUACUGACUAACAAUCAGUGUGUCUGUU